AUGGGUGGUGCAAAUCGACAAGCGGAGGCGCAGAAAUUGGCUCGGGGAAUUAGCUUCCUGGUUGCAACCCCAGGUCGCCUGCUUGACCAUCUACAGGUUGAUGAACUUAUCAAAUCUUCGCUCCGUACGGAUGUCGUCCGAAUAGGUGUCGACAAAAAGCCUGCAGAAAACGACGGCGAACUAGCAACUGUUUCAGGCCUACAACAGGGUUACGUUGUUUGUCCGUCGGAUAAGCGAUUUUUGUUGCUGUUCACUUUUCUGAAAAAGAAUCGCGAGAAAAAAGUGAUGGUAUUUUUCUCGUCAUGCAACUCGGUGAAGUAUCAUCACGAGCUGCUCAACUACAUUGAUAUUCCCGUACAGUGCAUACAUGGUAAACAAAAGCAGCAAAAACGAACAUGCACAUUCUUUUCAUUUUGCCAAGCGAAAUCGGGCAUUCUGCUCUGCACAGAUGUAGCUGCUCGCGGUCUCGACAUACCACAGGUCGACUGGAUUGUGCAGUAUGAUCCACCAGAUGAGCCACGUGAAUACAUCCAUCGAGUUGGACGUACGGCACGUGGCAUUUCGGGAACCGGUCAUGCAUUGUUGAUUUUACGCCCCGAAGAGCUGGGAUUCCUUCGCUACCUAAAACAUGCCAAAGUUGUGUUGAACGAAUAUGAAUUUUCGUGGAGUAAAGUGGCCAAUAUACAACCGCAGUUGGAGAAACUCAUCGCCCAGAAUUAUUAUUUAAACAAAUCUGCUAAGGAAGCCUACAAAUGUUAUGUGAGAGCGUAUGAUUCACAUUCUUUAAAAAACAUAUUUGACGUGAAUACACUAGAUCUUAUUGCCGUUGCAAAAUCGUUUGGUUUUUCAACGCCGCCAUUCGUCGAUUUACCAAUAUCGCAUAAACCGAAAGUAGUGAUGAGAUCAAAGUUGAGCGGAGCCGGCUAUCGAAAGAAACCGAAAGCAUUCAAGCAGCUACCUAAGCGGCGCACUUUUGCUAGUGAUGCAUGA